GGUUGAGCGAGCAGCAGCAGCAGCAGCAGCAGCAGCGGCAGCGGCAGGCGGAGGAAAUCCACGUAGUAUAUCACAGUCAUGCACUAUACAACAGAUAGUAUGGAGCUGGAUUGCUUGUGAUUCUGAGGUUGCACAAUGAUGUGUAGAAGCUGUGUUAGACAAGCUUCCUUACCAUGUGUCCUGCUGCUCAGACUUUUGCUUCAAGCAUUGACCUGCCAUGGGACAAUAUGGAAUGAUUCAUUAUUAAAAGACCUACAGCAUCAGUGUCCCCUAGCUGAUCCACAUAUUUAUGAAGAUAAUGUUUUAUAUGGAGCUAAAGAUGCAGGAAGGUACGAUGUGAUAACUAAUGCAACUGGCUUGACUGCAUGUGUUCGUGCCUGCUGUAGUAAUAAAAAAUGCCAUGUGGCACUCCUGCAUAAGCAACAUUGUCUCAGUGUGGAAUGCAGGAAUGCUGCAGUGUGCCAACCUACUCCAGGUAAAGGAUCAUUGCUUGUGGUGGUCAGGAAAGUGGACAGUGGUAACUUAGAAGAUGAUGCACAGUGGAUAGGCCAGCCCAGUAACAAUAUGACACACAUGGAAUUUGAGAAAUCACCAACAGCAAGUAAUUCUGUAAAAAAAGAUAUGAAGUCCUCAGUGCUACUUACAGGCAACAUUAGAACAACAAAUGAUAAGAGAUGUGAAUUUGGUCUACAUCAGUGUAAGGAGAAUGAGGAAUGUGUGCCUUUUGGGAACAGAAGAAGAGAUGGAUUAUGUCAGUGCCGCUCUGGUUUUUAUAGAAACACAACUAUGGGGGAAUGUAUGAAGGAAGAACUUACAUCAACUUUGGCUCCCAAAGAAAAAUCUACCACACAUUCUUCUGAUGGGGAUGACGGCAAAAGUUCAGGUUUUGUUAGUUCAUUAUCCUCGACUGCUUUUUCUGGGGGGAGCCCCCAAUAA